AUGAGUCUAAUGGUGAAUGUACAGAUUAUCUUCGCCUACGUUGUCCUGUAUUCCACGACAGUGCCCAUGGUCAAAUUAUCCGUGCUUCUUCUCUAUCGCCGCAUUUUCCGCUUGACUUGGACGUUAUAUUUCUGCGGAUUUCUCUCGAUCGGAUAUGCUAUCUCAGUCUCUACCACCAUCUCGGUCGCCUGCGUCCCGUCAUCUUUCUUCUGGACUCAAUGGGUAUAUCCUUUGAGCGGAGGUUAUUGUCGCAUCAAUCUCUACCAAUUCUAUUUGUGGAACGGUGUCGCCAACUUGUUCACUGAUGUCAUCAUUCUAUGCCUGCCCAUGCCGAUCGUAUGGAGCCUGCAGAUGCCCAAGGGUCAGAAAUGGGCCAUUAGCGGUAUCUUCUUGCUCGGUGGAUUCGUCUGCGUAGCCACAAUUGUCCGCAUCUGCGCCAUCACCAAAAUGAAAGACUCCGUCGACAUCACAUGGGUAAUCGGCGACGCCAUGAUCUGGUCCAACGUCGAACCCUGCAUCGGUAUCGUCAGCGCCUGUCUCCCGACGCUUCGGCCACUCUUGCGUCAGAUCCCUCAGCUCAGACUCUGGGGCAUGUUCGGCAGCAGUGGGCUCUCGAGGGACUAUAAAAUGACCGGCGAGGGCACUUCGGGCAUUUCGGGCACGCCGCUGCAGAGUACCGGGAACCGAUCCGGCUAUCGGGCCUCGAAUGGACGUGCUAGUACUCAUCCAAGAGAGGAAGGCGUGAUCCCGUCGAAUGGCUCUACUGCUUCCGGUCAGGAGCUGAAUGCUAUGCAGAUUAGGGUGAAGCAGAACUUUGACUGGAGGGAGGAGAAUCCAUGA